CACUUUCGUGACAGAUAGAUAGCAACCGAGUCAGUGAUGAGCAACGUCAAAAGAGGCGAAAAUGGAGAAGUGAAACUUCAAUAGAUCAUUAGUUAAAUUCUUGGAGGCUGAGAAGUUUUGAAUAGAUUUUAGUAUCUGGGCCAUGUUAACUUAAGAUUAACACAAAAAUGAUUGGUGGGUUGUUUGUGUACAACCAUAAGGGUGAAGUACUCAUUUCAAGAGUAUAUAGAGAUGAUAUUGGAAGAAAUGCAGUUGAUGCCUUCAGAGUCAAUGUUAUACAUGCUCGCCAACAAGUACGAUCUCCAGUGACGAAUAUAGCUAGAACAUCGUUUUUCCACAUUAAGAGAGCUAACAUAUGGAUUGCUGCCGUGACCAAACAAAAUGUUAAUGCUGCUAUGGUAUUCGAGUUUCUUCUCAAAAUCAUUGAAGUGAUGCAGUCAUACUUUGGCAAAAUCUCAGAAGAAAACAUUAAGAACAACUUUGUUUUAAUAUAUGAGCUCUUAGACGAAAUUUUGGACUUUGGUUACCCUCAAAACACGGACACAGGUGUUUUGAAAACGUUCAUCACCCAGCAGGGUAUAAAAUCGGCCACUAAAGAAGAACAAGCACAAAUUACUUCACAAGUGACAGGACAAAUAGGGUGGAGACGAGAAGGAAUCAAAUAUCGUAGAAAUGAGCUGUUUUUGGAUGUUUUGGAGUAUGUCAACUUGUUAAUGUCUCCUCAAGGUCAGGUGCUAUCCGCUCAUGUGGCAGGCAAGGUAGUUAUGAAGUCAUAUCUGUCUGGAAUGCCUGAAUGUAAAUUUGGUAUCAAUGAUAAGAUCGUUAUGGAAGCUAAAGGCAAAGGUAGCCUGGGAACAACUACAGAUUCAGAUCCAGCUAGAUCUGGAAAACCAGUUGUUGUUAUUGAUGAUUGUCAGUUUCAUCAAUGUGUUAAAUUAAGUAAAUUUGAAACAGAACAUUCCAUUAGCUUUAUUCCUCCCGAUGGAGAAUUUGAACUUAUGAGAUAUAGAACCACCAAAGACAUAUCUCUUCCUUUCCGUGUUAUACCAUUGGUUCGCGAGGUCGGGCGCACCAAGAUGGAAGUUAAAGUCGUUCUGAAGAGUAACUUUAAGCCAUCUCUGCUUGGGCAGAAGAUCGAAGUUAAGAUUCCCACUCCUCUAAAUACUUCCGGAGUCCAGCUGAUUUGUUUGAAAGGAAAGGCGAAAUAUAAAGCAUCGGAGAAUGCCAUUGUGUGGAAAAUAAAGCGAAUGGCUGGCAUGAAAGAAACUCAACUGUCCGCAGAAAUAGAACUCCUCGAAACUGAUACCAAAAAGAAAUGGACUCGCCCGCCAAUUUCGAUGAACUUCGAAGUUCCGUUUGCUCCUUCUGGCUUUAAAGUACGUUAUUUGAAAGUAUUCGAGCCCAAACUGAACUACUCCGACCACGACGUCAUAAAAUGGGUCAGGUAUAUCGGUAGGAGUGGACUGUAUGAGACCAGAUGUUAGAGUUUUUCUCCAGGAUACAUAUUUGUGGAUAUAUCUAUAUAUUAAACUGAAAUGAUCGGGUUUUGGGACAGUAUUACAAGUGAUCUGAACGUGCUACGUUUUUUCUGAGGAAUACGUUACGAAUUUUUCGCAGAAGUAUGAAUUUUAUACGAGGGUGGAUUGAUAUAAAACUAGGUUUUGAUAGAAAAAACAAGUUUUUGAAGUUAUGCUUCUCUCUAGGCGCGAUUGGGAGUUAAUUUUAUUAUCCUGCGCGCAUGCGCACAUGCAGUAUGGCGUUAAGUUGCUAAAUCUUAUAUAUUAUAAUUAUUUAUAAAUAUAUUAUAAUUUUUGUGUCUUUGGAUUUGUCUUCCUCGGGAGUAAGAUAAGUAGUAUUAUUAAAACAUUUUUAUUUAUACUUCACUUCGUCUGUUUGUUACCGUGAAUUGUCAUUAUGUUCGAGAAACUAUAUAAACAGAGAACUCGUAGCGUUAUUGGUAGAGCAUUCGGCUAGAGAUCGAUAAGUCUUGGGUUCAAAUUCCUAUUCUUUUUUUAUUUUUGGAAAGUGGUAAACAUUAAAAUUAGUUUAAUAUUUAAAUAAAAUAAAAAUAAACUGUUUAAAGUAUAUUUAUUUCGUUGAAAUCAUAUAUAAUAGAAGUAUAAUUUCUUACGUGCGUACAAAGUACACACACAUUCUUUUUUUUGUGAUUAAAUCGAUUUAUUUCUCAACAUAGUCCCCUUUUAGCUCGAUACACUUAUAGCUCGGUUACAUUGUUUAGGUUUGGAACCAGGGGAAAAAGUCGCUGGCGGCAAAAUCUGUGAAAUACGGUGGGUGUUCAACCGAUUUAUAGCCCAAUUCGUGUAAUUUUGCCAAUGCGAGUGCCGAUCGGUGAGCCGGUGCGUUGUCUUGGUAGAAGAGCACUUUUUGCGUGCCAAACCGGAGCGUGUUCGACGUAAUUCGUCAUAGAAUAGAUCCAAUAAUGCUGCGUAGUACUCCCCAUUUAUUGUUUCUCCAUUUUUCAAGUAGUCGAUGUGGAUGAUGCCCUUCGCAUCCCAGAUAAACAGUCGCCAUCACUUUACCGGCCGAAUGUGCACUUUUUGUCUUCUUCGGUAGGGCUUCGCCGCGUUUUCGCCACUGUUUCAACUGUUCCUUAGUUUCCGGUGUGUAAUAAUGCACCCAGGUUUCAUCAUCGGUGAUAAAUCGGCGAAAAAAAUCAUUCGGAUCGCCCCGUAUCAUCGCCAAAAGCGUCUCAGAAGUGGUCACACGUUUUCGCAUUUGGUCGAUUGUCAGCAAACGCGGCACCCAUCGUUUUUAUGUCCAAAUGAUGAUGAAUAAUGUGUACGCGUUCGUAGGAAAUGUUUAGGGCCUCUACUAACUCACAGUGCUUGAUUCGACGAUCUGCCAUAAUCAUGUCGUGGACUUUGUUGAUCAUUUCCGUCGUGGUGACUUCAUUUGGCCUCCCGGGACGCUCAUCGUCAAAAACACUCGUACCCGUACUCGUACUCGUUUCCAAAAUUUUACUGUUGUUAACGAAGAUGCAGCCUCGUUAACUUCGUUCUGGUCGGCUCUGAUUUGCACAAUCGUUCUCCCCUUUUUGUGAAACUUAUCACCAUACGAUACUCGAUUUUUCCAUUCUUCCGAAAACACAAAAGUUGUUUGCUUCUGACUGCUUUAAAAACCAAUCUAAUAGUUUUGUGGCUUAAAAUUUUGACAGACGUCAUGUCAUGAAUGGCAAAUGUCAAAACCGAGAGGAAUUCUAUAUCAAGUAACGCCAUCUACCAAAGGCUAGUUUUAUAUCAAUCUAUCCUCCUAUGUUACGAAUUUUAUAUUGAUUAAUUUUACCAUUGUAUAGUUUUCUUAUUAUAACUAAGUAUAUCUUGAAGUUGUUCCUGAUUCCGACAAUUUCAGUUUUAUCAAGUGUUAAACGAUUCUCUUUAUUUUAUUUGUUUUCAAAAGUACGUAAACGUAAGAAUAGAAAUGUUGCCGAUAUCCUCACAAGCGUUUAGACCCUGUACAGUUUAUUGUUUGUAAAAUAGGUUAUCGAAUUGCAAGUAGCCAUGACAUAUAUAGAAUAACCGAUUUUGAACGAACUUAUAUUGAAAAUUCGUUAUAUUUGUCAACAGGCCAGACAAAUUAUAGUUGUUCUAUUAUAUCUUUGCACAAACGUCAUGAUUCAUAUGCAAACAAGUUAAAUCAAAACAUUAAAUGAAACGUACGUCGAUAUGUAAUAUCAUUGAUAUGUAAUGACAAUUUGUAGUUUAGAAAAUAUUAGUUGUCUCAUUAGCGUAAAAAUAAAUACUUACUGGAAGUAAUCAAAUUAAGAGAGCAACAAUUAGUCGUUCUAAUAAUUAUGUUUGAAAAUAAAAAUCACAAUGAUACACUCACCGGCAGAGAAAACGGGCACCCCAAAAAAUGGGUCAUUUUUAAUGUCUUGUAUUUCCUAAACCUGAUGUCCGAUUUAAGUAAUUUUUUAAUAUGUUAUAGUCUUAUUCUUUAUCAAUAUCGCUGUAAUAAUAUUGUUGCUAGACAGGUACACUGUCAUUGUAUACAGGGUGUACGAAUCAAACUGUGUUUUCUUCUCAAACUUUGGAACACCCUGUGGAAUGUUCUAGCUUUUAUAAAAUACUGAAAUUAUAACCAAACUAUAGCCUCAGGUUUUCUUAACAUUCUGUUUUUUGAUUCAUUCGCUUAUGUUGGAUAAUAAAAAAGUUAAGCACUUUAACAACUACCCCUGUUUUUCGUUAAUACAGGGUGUUUUUAAAUAAGUACGGCAAACUUUAAGGGGUAAUUCUGCAUGAUAAAAUAAUGACAGUUUGCUUUAUAAACGUAUGCCCGCAAAUGCUUCGUUUCCGAGAUAGGGGGUGGUGUUGAAAUUGUUCUUACAAACUGACGAUUUAUUUAUUUCUGUAAAACGGUUUGUGAUAUGCAAAUGAAAUUUGGUAGAUUUUAAGAGGUAGUUAUUGCGCAUUUUUUGGCAUACAAUUAAGAAUUUUAUAUUCACCAUUGGCGUGCAUACGGGUAUAAAUAUUUUAGAUAUAUCCCGUAUGCACGCCAAUGGUAAAUAUAUAAUUCUCAAUUGUAUGCCAAAAAAUGCGCAAUAACUAGCUCUUAAAAUCUACCAAAUUUCAUUUGCAUAUCACAAACCGUUUUAGAGCAAUAAAUAAAUCGUCAGUUUGUAAGAACAAUUUCAACACUCCCUAUCUCAGAAACGAAGUACUUGCGGGCAUAAGUUUAUAAAGCAAACUGUCAUUAUUUUAUCAUGCAGAAUUACCCCUUAAAGCUUGCCGUACUUAUUGAAAAACACCCUGUAUUGACGAAAAACAGGGGUAGUUGUUAAAGUGCCUAACUUUUUUAUUAUCCAACAUAAGCGAAUGAAUAAAAAAACAGAAUGUUAAGAAAAUCUGUGGCUAUAGUUGGGUUUUAAUUUUAGUAUUUUAUAAAAGCUAGAACAUUCCACAGGGUGUUCCAAAGUUUAAGAAAAAAACACAGUUUGAUUCGUACACCCUGUAUACAAUGACAAUGUACCUGUCUAGCAACAAUAUUAUUACAGCGAUAUUGAUAAAGAAUAAGGCUAUAACAUAUUAAAAAAAUUACUUAAAGCGGACAUCAGGUUUAGGAAAUACAAGACAUUAAAGUGACCCAUUUUUUGGGGUGCCCGUUUUCUCUGCCGGUGAGUGUAUAUACAAAGACUUUUAAAUAAUAUGAAAAAACAAAUAAACAAGAAAUGCAAAUAAACCAAUACAGCAAAUGCGCUGAGCAAAUGUCACUGUCACUGAAAAUGAUAACGUCAAAAUUCAUAGUAAACAAGGUAUCAAAGACAUGCCGUAUUGUUUAUCCUUGUUUAACUUGUGUUAACACUCUUUAAUUACUAUUUUUGCUAAUUUUAAUUUUUAGUAACUUUUCUCAAAACGAAAUAAUAUGGGUCAUGUAAAAUUCACAUUUAAUAUACAAACCAAAUGCUAAGAAGGGCCCGUUAAGUUUUACGAAACGAAAUGUAUCCCUAACCAGAUGUUUUUGGUGUGUUCAGUUUAACAAACCGAAUUCCCCAUAAAAAUUACCUUAUUAGACCUUAUGUCAAUAACUCACUUUGGAAAUGCAUUCGAAGACGUUUAUUAAAACUGCAGAAAUAUUUCAAAUUUUAAACGCCAGAUCUAAAUAAUUUAUCGCCUUUCUGGCCAGAUGGUAGAAACACAAGCAUAUUAGCGUUUGUGGUCUUUUCAGCCACAGCAGUUGACCACGGGUCGCUUCACACACUCGCAGCAGGCGUUGGUCGGUCAACAAACCCUCGCUGGGCCAAACAAUCAAACCCUUUUACGAGAUGAAUAAGCACGCCUUUUAACCAAGAAUAAAUAAAUAUAUUAUUGUUCGUUGUUUACACUUAUUUUAAUUGAUUCCGUUAACCCACACCACGGAACAAACUUAUUGUGGUUUCUAUGGACAAGCGGCUUUUUGCGAGACCUACUCGUUUCUGUGAUUAUUUUACGAUACUAGUUUCUGGGAGUAAAAGAAACCUAGUAUACAAAGUAAUUCGUGAAUAAUUCCAUACAUGUGCAAAGAUACACUGGAAGAACUAUACCUCAUUGUUAGUUAAAAGACAAGUUAUCUAAAGUUUUAUAAUGGAAUGUGUAGGUGAGGGAAUACACACAAUAAGAAUGAAUUAAAUAGCUGAAAAGUUCCAGGGAAAAGAUUAUAAGGGGGUGAAAAAAUAUUUUUUUUUGAUUUUCCUAGAAAAUUGCCAUCUUAUCAAAACCCUUCUAAUACGAAAGUUGUAGAUAAUAUAUGAAUCUACAAAUUUCGUUAUAUAUAUUUUUUUUAAACCUCAAAGUUACCGAGAAAAAAAUGAAGAAAAUCGUCUCUUUUCGAUAUUUUCGUUUUUAUUUUCAUUUCUGUCAAAAUUAUUCAAUUUUGGUGAAACUUGGCUAUCACAAAUUAAAAAAAAAUUUGGAAGUUCCUGAGAUAUUCGUAUUUUUUUUUUCGAAAAAGACGAAUCAAAUUCGAAAAUCAAAAUUGGAACCAAAAAAUUGUUUUUGAUUUCAUGUAAACGUAGAUUCUUCUAUGAAUAAAAUGAGCUCUAACACAAGUAAAAAAAUCAAUGUGUAAAAGAAAAUUGUAAUAGUUAAGAAGUAUAUUUUCACUAAGUUUCAUCAAAAUUCAAAACAAAAACAUUGAUAAAGACCAUUUUCUUUAUUUUUCUUAGUACCUAAUUUUAAUGUUGUAAUAUAGAUUAAAAAUAUUAUAUAAUAAAAUUUGUAGUCUUUCGCAUUUGAAAUUUUUCUUGAUGGAAUGUCAGAUUUGUAGGAAAGUGAACUGCUGCCUCCAAACGUCCCCCCAAAUAACCCCCGGAACUUUUUAGAAUGUAUUUUUUUGUGUAUUAUACCCCCACUUACCAAUAUCGAUCAUAAAAUUUUAGAUAACUUUUUUUCACCUUGUUUGCUCAUUUGCCUGGUCCAGAGACUAAAACAAGAAAUUAUUUCUUUCUAAAUUAAUUAGUGCAUCAACUUUUUUGAGUAUAAGUUGGUUUAAUAUCUUUUAGUCUUCUCAAUAGAGAUCACAAGCGAGAAUAGAGUUAACCCAUUCGCUGCCGAUCACGCACCAGCGCGUGAUACGGUUACUUUAGUCAGGUGCCGUUCACGCACCAGCGAGUGAUAUGGUUACUUCAGUCAGGUGCCAUUCAACAAAAUGGCUCCUAGCCGAGUUGCAUUCUCUUAGAUAGGCAGGGAAUGGGUUAACACUUCUGUUUAUGUAAAUACAUGUUUAAAUUUCCGUUUAUUUGAAUCUAAGUCACCACGUGUACACUUACCAGUGAUUCAGGUCUUUUUAUCCUGAAACUUCGAAUCCGAAGGAGAUUCAGCAGAAAUUAUAAAAUUUAAUACAUUCGAACCCGCUUAUAGGAAUAGCCUUCGUGCCAAGCAAAAAUAUUCUUAUAACCGGGAUAUUCUAAUAACCGAUCAUUGGUUGCUAGCCGUAAUAAGUGUACCGACUAUACGUAAUAAUAGCUCACACUAUGUUAAUAUGUAUAUGUAUAUGGUUUUAUGUCUUUUUAUGUCAAUAAUACAAUAGCGUAACGUAUUUAUUAAAAAACCAAAUUACUUUAUAUUAUGUGGAUGCAUACAAUAAUUAAUAUGAAAUGUAUGCAAUAUAUAGAUUAUGUAAAUAUUUUCGUAUUAAAAUACAUAAUACACUUAAUAAGAAAAUUACUUAUUUAGUCUUGAAAUAUAAUCGGUAAUUGUAGCCUGUUUUUUUUACAUAAAAUACUUAGUCACUUUUGUUGCCAUGAAUUAUUUUUUUUAUGGCAUAGACUUGGGUGUCAUUUAGCCAGUCACAACUUUUUUUGUUGUUUAAAAAUUAGAAAAAUUUACAAUGGUUUGGCCAUCCCGAAAACGUUGUAUAACUUUACAAGGGAUUAGGAUGGGCGAACUGUUUCUUAAAAAUUUUAUAACAGGCAAGUGGGUGGCCAUAUAUUGUAUAGUUUGUAGACAAAGGAAAUUAUUUUACGACUUAAUUUGUCGGUAAACAAUUAAAUUCGUACUCAUAAAAACGCAAUAAAAUAUUUAUUACCUACCUGACAAACCCAAAUAAUAUAAAUAAAACAACACUACAGGCCUUCGAAGCCCUUGGCGAGAAACCAUAAUACAAGACAUAAUUUAAAUUUUUAGGAAAUUCGAAAUUGUAGGUAAAAAUUUCUUCGUUGACCUGAAAAAUAUUCUAAAAAGCGGUAUUGUUUUAUUAAUACGUAUUUCAAUAAACGAAUAAAUUUAUUAAGGAGUAAAUGGAAACGUUUCGGGACCUCGAUUUAUAUUCCAUAAACCGGGAUAUUCCUAUAACCGGUACUCUAAUAAGCGGGUUCGACUGUACAAGGGUUAUGGACUAGAAUGUUCAAUCCAUCUUGCAAGAAGGCAGCAGGCAGCAACAACUUUAUUGUUGACAUAAACCGUGUGUUUACCUUUUAAUUAGAUAUAGCAGUACACCCAAUACAUGGCAACAUUGCUUCUCCGCUUCCUACAUCGGAGUCGCGCGGAUUUAUUCAGGCAUUUGUCGAUUCUACAGUGACAAUGUAUCUCAUUCUCAUAAACAAUGUUGCCGAUUUUAGCGUUACCUUCAGCCGCCUAUCUCUAAUCGAAAACUAAACGUAUGGUAGGAACUGAUCAGUGUGACGUUAAAAACAUAUCUAACGUUGCAGAACGUCAAUUGAGUGAUUAAAAUUAUUUCCAGGGCUAACCUGAUCAAGGAUGACUUUCAAUUGAACAAGCGUAUACUAUUGUUCUACAGAAACAAGUCUAGAAAUUCAAAACUGGUUGUUAUUUGACCAUUUAAAUGUGUAAAAGUCAAUGUUUGUUUAUCGCCAGGCUAUAAAUGACAUGUCUAUCAUCCCUUUAGUGUUGCUACGUAUCUCUAAUUGGUAGCUGAUCCCUCAUUAAUACUCAACUACAUAACCGUCCCCUCCUUAAUUCGUAUUUAUUUGCAUUAACUUGUGAUCUCUAUUUUGACAGAUAAAAGAACGGGCACUGACUUCGUUCUUUAUUUUAUCUUAAAAACUGCCACAUCGGAAGGUGCCCUCAUGGUAAGUAACCAAUAAUAUGGUAAGUCGGUGUAUGGACAUAUUAAGGUAUAUUAGGUGUCAACGGCCUUCCAAUAGGGAUCUAUGGAGUAUCACUGAGCCGCAAGCCCUUAUCCCUUGCCGUGCUGCUCCCCCGUAGGCCGAUCAGACACCAGCGUAUUCCAUUCUAAGCCUCAGUUGCAUUAGAAUUUUAAACUGCUGUGUUAACUUCUUCUAUUUUUCUGUUCACCGGGCCAGGAUUUGAACUCACAUAACUCACAGUGAAGCUAUCUGACCGAUGUAAGGUAAUUUUUCUUAAAACACGUUAACACAUUUCUUAAUGUUCUUCAGGCAGCGAAAGAAUAGGCUCCUUGUCGUACUAUUGUUAUAUAAUUUAGGACCAAAAUGUUAUUUUUUUUAUUUUUACUCAUUAUCGUGCACUGUAGGAUCUUUUUUCAGAAAUCGUCUUAGAGCCAUUUGGCAUAUUAUAUACCUUUCAUUCCUUCAUGAUACCUAUACCACAGUUCUAGAACCCUGUACCAGUUUGUACAGGUUUAGUGGAUGAGCACCAAUGUUUUUGGAGUCACUAGGUAGUUUUCUUGGUGUUUUACGUCUGCAAUGCAUCAUAACCCUGUUGGGUCUUCGCCUUUCUGGAUAUUGCCUUCCAUUCAGACCUAUCCUGUGCCUUUCUCGUCAAUUGUCUUACGUUCAUAGUUUUCAGGUCGUCUUCCAACCAUCUCUUUCUAAGUCUUCUUUUUUUCGUCUUCCUAUCCGCUUCCAUUAUAAUAUUUUCUUUGUUAAUUUUGUAUCUCCUUGCCUCUGGACCUGUCUCAGCCAUGGCAGUCUCUGACUUAAUAAAUCUUACAAUAGCAUGACCUUCACUCAUUUCAUUAAUCUUAUCGUUUCUUCCGAGUCUGCAUGUUCCAUCUUCCUCUUGCACCGUCUUGUAUAGUAUGACCGUCUUUGAUUUGAGUUGCAACAUUCACCAGAUUUUAUUCAAUCCCAAUAGCCCGAUCACAUUUUCUGUGGUACUUUCAAGAUAUUUUUUAGCUGAAAGAAAAAAUACACACUCAAAACAUUGAACAUGUGUUCAGUUAAAGUGGACUAAGGCACCACUUGGUAUCGUUCCUCAUGUUACAAACUGGCAUCUUUCGCCAACACACCAAAAAUUAAAUUGCAUGUUGAUCGUGCAAUACUGUACUUUACCAAAUAUGAUAUUCAGGCUAUGUGGUACAUUGCAUGAAGUAAAACUCCCAUUUUCGAUGCCAUCUAUCUUAUGUAGGUACUAAAAUACAAUGCUUUAGUCCUUUGUAAGGUUCCUCUAACUACGUGGGUUGUACCAUUUUGAAAUCCACGAUUUACUUGGUUCGUCAGGAGGUCAACCUUAGCUAAAGUAUCUCCUCUUCACCAACACAAAGACAAUCCUGUAGAUCCCUACCUUGGCUAACUCUUCUCAAAGGUAGUUCGGCUAAUCGCUAUUACAAACAAUGUUGGCACCCGCUUGGUUAGAACAUUACACAUCGGCGCCCAACGUGGAGCCAAUAAAGUAACUUACAGUGCACAGAUUCUAGAGGUGCCGUUGUAGGAUGGCAUCUAUGCGCAGCAUUAUAGUCGGUGUAUGAGAGAGAAAGUAUUCGAAAUAAUGAAAUAACAAAUUUGAUAUUAUUUGUUAUUUCAUUAUUUCGAAUACUUUUGUCUCUCAUACACCGACUAUAUAAUACAGCGCAUAGACGCCAUUUCCCACCGGCACCUUUAGAAUCUCUGCACUGUACCUAAAUAUUUCGCAAUAAAAUCAUCCGUGGGAUGUUCGUGGGAACUCACAUAAAUAUGUUGCUUACCUAAAUUUUACACUAGACACAGGGUUGCCAGAUGUGUGUAUAUAUCCGAAAAUCUUCCUCACACUGACUUACCUUAUUCAGAAAUUAAUUUUCUUCUUUAGUAAAUCAGUAAGUUUUAAAAUGAAUUCAGCGUACUACGUAUAUUAAGAACAAAAACUCUAUGAUUAAAACGAAUGUAUCAAAAAAGCCAUAAAUGUGCUGAAUAUUCAUUAUAAUUUUGUAUAUUUUGUUUUAAAAGAAAUAUUAGAAUAUUAGAUAUAUGAUAUUAAUCUAAAACGUUACAAUAAUCUUAUUAUAUUAAAUUGUAAAGAAAACAUUGCUUUUUUCUGUUUUGUUGUAAAAUAUUAUGAGUACAUAUGAUUGGAUUUUAUGUAAGAUUGGAUGUAGAAAAGCACUGUUGAAUUUCAUUGUCGAAUAGAUGUGUAAUAAUUUUAGGCCAAAUAAAAGCUAUUAAAACAA